UUCGCGUCUCGUUCACGGUCAGUGGGAGGUGGAUGAUUGCAUUAGUUAUUCUUCUCACUUCAGCUCAUCGCUUGAAAUGCAUGUAACGUUAGGUGAGGAGUCUCUGCAGUGCAUUUGCCCGGCUUUCACAUCAGCUCCGCUCAUCUUCCCCCGGUCUUUGGAAACCGAGCUCUCUCGACAUGAACGCGCUCUCGUCGCCGACCGAGCCCGAGCCCGAGAUGUCUCUUUGCGCAGAAGUGAUCUUUAAUUCUCUUUUAGUCAAAUGAACCUGACCGCUCCGGCCGAUGUAGCCGUCUGCUGCUCACUUCAGCCCGUGAGGAGCGUCUCGUGUGCGGGAUUGUUGUCUGCUUUAACACAUUUCCCUUCGGAUUGUCUGAAAGCGUCUCCACAUCGGUCGGAUCAAAGAAGAGAUUCGGCUUGUUUUCAUCCUGGAGCGGGGGAUAAUAUGUCCAGACGCAAACAGACCAACCCGUUCAAAGUGAAUUGUAGGUAUCCCAGGGCCUUUUCGCACGACUGGGUUGUACGGCCCACAGCACAGCACUUUUGAGAUGGAUGCUAGACAUGACUUCAUUGAGGACGGGGAAUGCCAUAGCAACAACUCACAGGAACCUGAAGAGCAAGACAGCACAAGUGACGACGGUGAUAGUGAUUUUGACAAAGACGACUCCUCAAACGCCUCUGCUGAUGACAGCAUGACGAGUAAUAAGAGCAACCACGGCCCCAUACUGCAUGAUGACGUCAAGGAGGAGAAUGAGGAGGGGACAGACCAGGGGAGCAGUUUUGUAUGUCCUCUUUGUUCCCUGGAGUUCAAUAGCCCAGAUCAGCUCAUCGCACACGUCUACCAGCACACAGCUGUGGGUGGCAGUAAGAGUUAUGUCUGUCCUGUUUGCGGAAGAGCUCUCAGUUCUCCAGGCUCUCUUGGUCGCCAUCUUCUCAUCCAUUCAGAGGACCGUCUGUCCAACUGUGCCGUAUGUGGGGCUCGCUUCACAGACACUAACAACUUCAACAGGGAAAAGUUGAAGGAGUUCCUCGACACAAGUAGUAUAGAGAUCAACAGUGAUGGUGAGGCCUGUGCCAUGUCUGACUCUUUACCCAGAAGCACUAUGAUUAACCCAAACAGAAGUCCUGGUCCUGGACUGACCUCAUUGCCGGAGGGUCUUCUCCCUUCUGCGCCUCCUCUUCCCUCACUCUCUGACAGCCUCAGUCCUCAAAGUACGGGACUUCCGCCUCUUCCAGACCUUAUGAACCCUAUGCCCGUGUACCCAGCUGGGGUUUUGUUGGUCUGCAACAGCUGCGUAGCCUACCAGCAGCUUGUGGAUGCCCAGUCGCCAUCCAUGCGGAAAUGGGCGAUCCGUAGGAAUAAAGAACCCGUGGAGGUGCGGAUGCAGCGGCUUGAACGGGAACGAACAGCCAAGAAGACCAAGCGUGCGUGUGAGUCACCAGAGGAGCGGGAGAUGCGCCGCUUACGAGACAGUGAGGCAAAGCGUAUGCAAAGGAUGCAGGAGACGGAUGAACAACGGGCACGUCGUCUGCAGCGAGACCGGGAAGCCAUGCGACUCAAGCGGGCCAACGAGACGCCCGAGAAGAGGCAGGCACGGCUAAUCCGUGAGAGGGAGGCCAAGAGGCUAAAGCGGCGCUUGGAGAAGAUCGACCCAUCGCUGAGAAACCAGAUCGAGCAUGACCCUGCUGCGAUGGCUGCGCUCACUGCUGAUAUGAGUCUAUUCCAGUUUUCCUUUCCCAUGUCUGUCCCUUCCAUGGACAAUGGAGUGUUUAUGAAGCUUCCCUAACAAGCACAGCUCCAAACACCUCUCAGCCCAACAUUCAAGAAGAAUUUGCCAUUCUUAAAGAAUAACGAUCUUGAACAUAACUGUGAUGAGAAGGUUAUGGUCUUGCAGUUUCAAGAAGGUGCUCACCCUAACAGCAAUUUGCAGUGAUGUAGGCACCAGAUGUCUUUCAUUUUCAAAGAGAGAUUUGAGGCAACUUAAUAGACCAUGAGUUGCAAUGCAACAAUGUUGACCAGAGUUCAACUUUAUGCAGAUAGGCGGCAACACAAAUGGAGACACAAACAUAAACUGACUUACAUAAUUAACUGAACUUGUAUAAGAAAUUCACAGAAGGGCAAAUAUGUUACCCUCUCUGUAAGCAUGUUUAAGAAAAGACUUGUCUAUUUUGUUUUCAAGGCUCAGACUUUUAGCCGUCUAUCUUCAGAGCAGUGAGAUCCUUCCAGAACGAAGUUCUCGGUUUGCACACGGACCUACAGUGACAGGAGUGAGACGUGUAGCCACACUCAGCCUACUCUUCAAAUUUGCCAGUCUUAAAGGUUGGAGUUUACCUGCAACUAUGGCUCACCUCCCAGGACCCUAGAUUGGGUCACUACUAGCUCAUACUCACAGAAGCAACUACCUCACCAUGGGAUCCUCGCAUGGCCUAGCCACACCUGUGGCCUCAACCGGAACCACAGGGGGCCGUGCAGGUCCACACACUGACGCACUGUUCUCUAUACACCAGCGGUUCUUAAUUCCAGUCAUCGCGAUCCCCUGCUCUGCACAUUUUAUAUGUCUCUCUUUGUUAACACACCUGAUUCAGAUAAUCAGCUCAUUAGAAGUGAGCUCCGUGCAUGAACUGUGUUCCCAUUGACAUGGUCCCUACACAGUGUUUAU